AUGCUGAAGAUUAAGGGCAGGCGCAGGAGCCUAUUCCCCAACUACAAAGUUGGUGUUCCAAGUCAAGGGGCCAAUAACAAUGAAGAUGAUCAUGACCUUCCCUUUGCCAAGAGCAGCUGUGUAAAGCAAUGGAACUCCAUGCAGGAGCUGAGCCGGGACAUUUACGACAUUCAUGCAGAAGAUGAGGAUGACUACGAUGAGAGACUAAGCCCAGCUAUGGGGCUGGGGUCACCAUCCAAGAACUACAUGCUCAACAUUAAUGUGGGGGGUAAAGUGUAUCAGAUCUCAUACAGGGCGGCAGCCAGGUAUCCAAAAACCCGGAUUGGACGACUGGCUACCUACACGGACCACAACAGGAAAUUGGAUCUCUGUGAUGAUUACAUUGUCCAGAAUAAUGAGUACUUUUUCGACAGAGACCCAGACAUUUUCCAUUGCAUCUUCAAUUUUUAUCGCACUGGCGUUCUCUGGAUAAAGGAUGAGCUUUGUCCCCGAAACUUCCUGGAGGAGAUCAACUACUGGGGGGUUCGGAUAAAGAACACCCACCGCUGUUGCCGUAUCUCCUUUGAAGAAAGGCAGGAUGAACUAAACGAGCAACUGAAGGUACAGCGUGAGCUGCAAGCAGAGGUGGAAAUCGAAGAGAAUGAAGAGUUGUUUCGGGGGAUGGCAUUUGGCCAAACUCGUCGGGUUAUCUGGAACCUAAUGGAGAAGCCUUUUUCCUCAGUCACAGCCAAGCUCAUGGCAGUGGCCUCCAGCUUUUUUGUCCUGGUGUCCCUCGUGGCCAUGACACUAAACACAGUGGAGGAAAUGCAGUAUCAGACAGCUGCAGGCCAACGAAGUGGACGGACCUACGGAGAGUACGUAGAGACCUUCUGCAUCGCCUUCUUUACUGUUGAGUUCCUGCUGCGCCUGGUGUCCACACCAGAUCUUUGGCACUUUUGCAAGAGUGUACUCAAUGCUGUAGACCUGAUUGCCAUCCUGCCCCUGUACCUGCAGGUGGCUCUGGAAUACUUUGAGAAUGAGGAUUACGGUCGGCAUGACCACGACAUUGAGACUGUGGGGCGAGUGGGCAAGGUGGGUCAGGUACUACGCAUCAUGCGGCUCAUGAGAAUCUUUCGAAUCCUGAAGCUGGCUCGCCAUUCAACGGGUCUGCGGGCCUUUGGCUUCACUCUGCGCCAGUGCUACCAGCAGGUGGGGUGCCUCUUCCUCUUCAUUGCCAUGGGUAUCCUCACCUUCUCGGCCAUGGUCUACACAGUUGAGCACGAUGUCCACAAGACCAACUUCACCAGCAUUCCCCACUCCUGGUGGUGGGCGGCGGUGAGCAUCUCCACGGUGGGCUACGGGGACGUGUUUCCGGAGACCCAUCUGGGUCGGCUUUUUGCUUUUGCUUGUAUCUCCUUCGGGAUCAUCUUAAACGGGAUGCCCAUCUCCAUCCUCUACAACAAGUUCUCAGACUACUACAACAAGCUGAAGUCCCAUGAGUAUACUUCCAGCCUAAAGAACCGGGGCAAGGUUAGGUUCACCAAGAGGGCAGUUAGGAAGAUUGGAGAGUACUGCGAGGAGGUCAUUAGGGCACAUUAG